UCUUUUAACUCACCACUAGAGAGAAAGAGAGAGAGAGAGAAUUUACAGAGCUAGCAAGCAAGCGCGCGAAAGCUUAUUGAAGAUGGCGUCGGCAGCAACAAGAGUAGAUCUAGAUGGAAAUCCUAUCAAACCAUUAACAAUAUGCAUGAUUGGAGCCGGAGGUUUCAUAGGCUCUCAUCUCUGUGAGAAGCUCAUGUCCGAAACUCCACAUAAGGUACUAGCCGUCGACGUUUAUAGCGACAAAAUUAAGCACCUCCUUGAACCGCCAUCCCUUCCUUGGAUAGAUCGCAUUCAGUUUCACCGUAUCAACAUCAAGAAUGAUUCUAGACUCGAAGGACUAAUCAAGAUGGCAGAUCUGACGAUAAAUCUAGCGGCGAUCUGUACUCCGGCGGAUUAUAAUACGCGUCCUCUUGAUACAAUUUACAGUAAUUUCAUUGACGCGCUUCCUGUGGUUAAGUACUGUUCGGAGAAUAACAAACGUCUUAUUCACUUCUCAACUUGUGAAGUUUAUGGAAAAACAGUUGGCAGUUUCCUUCCCAAAGAUCAUCCAUUGCGCCAGGAUCCUUCUUUUUAUGUUCUCUCGGAGGAUUCUUCUCCAUGUAUUUUUGGUUCUAUUGAUAAGCAAAGGUGGUCUUACGCAUGUGCAAAGCAAUUGAUCGAGAGGUUAAUCUAUGCUGAAGGUGCUGAGAAUGGUCUCGAAUUCACAAUUGUGAGACCUUUCAAUUGGAUUGGUCCGAGAAUGGAUUUCAUUCCCGGUAUUGAUGGUCCUAGCGAGGGCGUGCCAAGAGUUUUGGCUUGCUUCAGUAAUAAUCUUCUCAGACGUGAGCCAUUGAAGUUGGUAGAUGGUGGUGAAUCUCAAAGAACUUUUAUAUAUAUCAAGGAUGCUAUUGAAGUUGUUCUUUUGAUGAUUGAAAAUUCAGGUAGAGCAAACGGUCAUAUAUUCAAUGUGGGCAACCCGAACAAUGAAGUCACUGUUAGGCAGCUUGCUGAGAUGAUGACACAGGUUUACUCGAAGGUGAGUGGGGAGGCUUCACUUGAAGUACCGACAAUUGAUGUGAGCUCAAAGGAGUUCUAUGGUGAAGGUUACGAUGAUAGUGAUAAACGGAUUCCAGACAUGACCAUAAUCAAUAGGCAGCUUGGUUGGAACCCUAAAACAUCGCUUUGGGACUUGCUAGAGUCGACCCUGACUUAUCAACACAGGACAUACGCAGAGGCGAUAAAACAAGCGAUUUCAAAGCCGGUUGCAUCCAGUUGAGCUGAGAAACCUGUGUUUAAAAUGGUCGGUGGUUUGUAUUAUGCAUUUUAAAAAUCAUUUGUUGGUUGAAAACUUAUUUGUGGGAUAAUAGAGUUGUUUGCAAAAUGUAGUUGCUAUUACAUAAUGCUUUCUAUUAUUUCUGAUUCUCUAUGAAAAAUUAGUGGAGAAAUGUAGAAUUUUGGGGCAGUUGGUAAAAUGAAAUGAAAUGUUGUCAUGUAUGAGUGAUGUUAGGGAUUAUUAUUAAUGAAGGAUUUGUUUUGGUUCUUCUUUUCA